UUUACGGGCCGAGCAGCCCUCGCUCCCGCCGCCCGCUCGCCACCCGCCUGCCCAGGUGCCCGCCCGCCUGUCCGCGCGUCCGUUUGUCCGCGCGUCCGAAGAUCUGAGCCCCCGAGCGCUCGGGGCCGAGAGCCAGGAGGCAGGGGCGCAGCGCCGGGCUCGGGGCCCUGAGAUCGCGGGACGGGGCCCGGGCCGCGGUGGCCCGGAGUCGGGGCCGCCUCCACCGGGCCGCGUUGCCGGAUUUGCAGCGGCGGAGGCCGCGCGCCCCUCCUGGGGCUGUUUCAAGGACCCUCCCGGGCGGAGGCUGCGGCCCCUGGGCCGCCCGCGUGGAAGAGAAGGACGCGCGGCCCCCAGCGCCUCUCGGGCGGCUGCUUUGGAGCAUGCACCCCUCGGGCCGGCGCCGCGCGCUCUGAUCCAUCCGGACCCCGCGCUCCCGUAGCCAUGGGCGCCGGGGGCGGGCGGGGGGCGGCGGCCGUGCCACUGCUGGUGGCCGUUGCCGCGCUGCUGGUGGGCGCCGCGGGCCACCUGUACCCUGGAGAGGUGUGCCCCGGCAUGGAUAUCCGGAAUAACCUCACCCGGCUGCACGAGCUGGCCAACUGCUCGGUCAUCGAAGGACAUUUGCAGAUCCUAUUGAUGUUCAAAACGAGACCUGAGGACUUCCGAGACCUCAGUUUCCCCAAGCUCAUCAUGAUCACUGAUUACUUGCUGCUCUUCCGGGUCUAUGGGCUGGAGAGCCUGAAGGACCUGUUCCCCAACCUCACGGUCAUCCGGGGCUCCCGCCUCUUCUUUAACUACGCGCUGGUCAUCUUCGAGAUGGUUCACCUGAAGGAGCUUGGCCUCUACAACUUGAUGAACAUUACCCGGGGCUCCGUUCGCAUCGAGAAGAACAAUGAACUCUGCUACCUGGCCACUAUCGACUGGUCUCGCAUCCUGGAUUCCGUGGAGGAUAAUUACAUCGUGCUGAACAAAGACGACAAUGAGGAGUGUGGGGACAUUUGUCCAGGCGCUGCGAAGGGCAAGACCAACUGCCCUGCCACCGUCAUCAACGGGCAAUUUGUGGAGCGGUGUUGGACGCACAGCCACUGCCAGAAAGUGUGUCCGACCAUCUGUAAGUCUCACGGCUGCACCGCUGAGGGUCUCUGUUGCCACAGUGAGUGCUUGGGCAACUGCUCUGAGCCUGACGACCCCACCAAGUGUGUGGCCUGUCGCAACUUCUACCUGGAUGGCAGGUGCGUGGAGACCUGCCCGCCCCCCUACUACCACUUCCAAGACUGGCGCUGUGUGAACUUCAGCUUCUGCCAGGACCUGCACAACAAAUGCAAGAACUCUCGGAGGCAGGGCUGCCACCAGUAUGUCAUUCACAAUAACAAGUGCAUCCCUGAGUGCCCCUCCGGGUACACGAUGAAUUCCAGCAACUUGAUGUGUACUCCAUGCCUGGGCCCCUGUCCCAAGGUGUGCCACCUCCUGGAAGGCGAGAAGACCAUUGACUCAGUGACAUCUGCCCAGGAGCUCCGAGGCUGCACCAUCAUCAACGGAAGCUUAAUCAUCAACAUUCGAGGGGGCAACAACCUGGCAGCUGAGCUAGAGGCCAACCUUGGACUCAUUGAAGAAAUUUCAGGGUAUCUGAAAAUCCGCCGAUCUUAUGCCCUCGUGUCACUUUCCUUCUUCCGGAAGUUACGUCUGAUUCGAGGGGAGACCUUGGAAAUCGGGAACUACUCUUUCUAUGCCUUGGACAACCAGAACCUAAGGCAGCUGUGGGACUGGAGCAAACACAACCUCACCAUCACUCAGGGGAAACUCUUCUUCCACUAUAAUCCCAAACUCUGCUUGUCAGAAAUUCACAAGAUGGAGGAAGUUUCAGGAACCAAGGGGCGCCAGGAGAGAAACGACAUUGCCCUGAAGACCAAUGGGGACCAGGCGUCCUGUGAAAAUGAAUUACUUAAAUUUUCUUACAUUCGGACGUCUUAUGACAAGAUCUUGCUGAAAUGGGAGCCGUAUUGGCCCCCCGACUUCCGAGACCUCCUGGGAUUCAUGCUCUUCUACAAAGAGGCCCCUUAUCAGAACGUGACGGAGUUUGAUGGGCAGGAUGCAUGUGGCUCCAACAGCUGGACCGUGGUAGAUAUUGACCCGCCUAUGAGGUCCAACGACCCCAAGUCACAGAACCACCCCGGGUGGCUAAUGCGUGGUCUCAAGCCCUGGACCCAGUACGCCAUCUUUGUCAAGACCUUGGUCACUUUCUCUGAUGAACGCCGCACAUACGGGGCCAAGAGCGACAUCAUCUAUGUCCAGACAGAUGCCACUAAUCCUUCUGUCCCCCUGGAUCCCAUCUCGGUGUCUAAUUCUUCGUCUCAGAUUAUUCUGAAGUGGAAGCCUCCUUCUGACCCCAAUGGCAACAUCACACACUACUUGGUAUUCUGGGAGAGACAGGAGGAAGAUGGUGAACUGUAUGAAUUAGAUUAUUGCCUCAAAGGGUUGAAGCUGCCCUCCCGGACCUGGUCUCCACCGUUCGAGUCUGAGGGGUCCCAGAAGCACAAUCAGAGUGAGUACGAAGAGUCUGCCGGUGAAUGCUGUUCCUGUCCGAAGACCGACUCUCAGAUCCUCAAGGAGUUGGAGGAGUCCUCAUUCAGGAAAACAUUCGAAGAUUACCUGCACAAUGUCGUUUUCAUCCCCAGAAAAUCCUCUUCAGGCCCUGUUGCCGAGGACACUAGGCCGUCGAGGAAACGCAGGGCCCUUGGUGAUGUGGGGAAUGUGACAGCGGCCGUGCCCACCGUUCCGGGAUUCCCCAAUACGUCCUCAACCAGCGCACCUACGAGCUCAGAGGAGCACAGACCAUUCGAGAAAGUGGUGAACAAGGAGUCUCUGGUCAUCUCUGGCCUGCGUCACUUUACUGGCUAUCGCAUUGAGCUGCAGGCUUGCAACCAGGAUUCCCCCGAGGAGAGGUGCAGCGUGGCUGCCUAUGUCAGUGCCAGGACCAUGCCCGAAGCCAAGGCAGAUGAUAUUGUUGGCCCCGUGACCCACGAAAUCUUCGAGAACAACGUCGUUCACUUGAUGUGGCAGGAGCCCAAGGAACCCAACGGUCUGAUCGUGCUGUACGAAGUGAGUUAUCGACGAUACGGCGAAGAGGAGCUGCACCUCUGCGUCUCCCGCAGGCAUUUUGCUCUGGAGCGGGGCUGCAGGCUGCGUGGUCUGCCACCCGGGAAUUACAGUGUGCGAGUUCGGGCCACCUCCCUGGCGGGCAAUGGCUCCUGGACGGAAGCCACCUAUUUCUACGUCACAGACUAUUUAGACAUGCCAUCAAAUAUUGCAAAAAUUAUCAUCGGGCCCCUCAUCUUUGUCUUUCUCUUCAGUGUCGUGAUCGGGAGUAUUUAUCUAUUCCUGAGAAAGAGGCAGCCGGAUGGGCCACUGGGACCACUGUAUGCUUCUUCAAACCCUGAGUACCUCAGUGCCAGCGAUGUGUUUCCCUGCUCUGUGUACGUGCCGGAUGAGUGGGAGGUGCCUCGAGAGAAGAUCACGCUCCUGCGAGAACUGGGGCAGGGCUCCUUCGGCAUGGUGUACGAGGGCAACGCCAGGGACAUUGUCAAGGGCGAGGCGGAGACCCGAGUGGCGGUGAAGACGGUGAACGAGUCUGCCAGCCUGCGAGAGCGGAUCGAAUUUCUCAACGAGGCCUCAGUCAUGAAGGGCUUCACCUGCCACCACGUGGUCCGCCUCCUGGGGGUGGUAUCCAAAGGCCAGCCGACGCUGGUGGUGAUGGAGUUGAUGGCUCAUGGGGACUUGAAGAGCUACCUCCGUUCCCUGCGGCCUGAGGCCGAGAAUAACCCCGGCCGCCCUCCCCCUACCCUGCAAGAGAUGAUUCAGAUGGCUGCGGAGAUCGCCGACGGGAUGGCAUACCUGAACGCCAAGAAGUUUGUACACCGGGACCUCGCAGCUCGAAACUGCAUGGUUGCCCACGAUUUUACCGUCAAAAUUGGAGACUUUGGAAUGACCAGAGACAUCUACGAAACGGAUUACUACCGGAAAGGGGGAAAGGGUCUGCUCCCCGUGCGGUGGAUGGCACCUGAAUCGCUGAAGGACGGGGUCUUUACCACUUCUUCGGACAUGUGGUCCUUUGGCGUGGUCCUUUGGGAAAUUACCAGCUUGGCGGAACAGCCUUACCAAGGCCUAUCAAACGAGCAGGUGUUAAAAUUUGUCAUGGAUGGAGGGUUUCUGGAUCAACCCGACAACUGUCCUGAGAGAGUCACCGACCUGAUGCGCAUGUGUUGGCAGUUCAACCCCAAGAUGCGGCCGACCUUCCUGGAAAUUGUCGACCUGCUCAAGGACGAGCUGCACCCCAGUUUUCCCGAAGUUUCCUUCUUCCACAGCGAGGAGAACAAGGUGCCCGAGAGCGAGGAGCUGGAGAUGGAAUUUGAGGACAUGGAGAGUGUCCCCCUGGACCGGUCCUCACAUGUGCAGAGGGAGGAGGCCGGGGGCCGGGAUGGAGGGUCCGCACUGGGGCUAAAGAGAAACUAUCAGGAACACAUCCCCUACACCCACAUGAACGGGGGCAAGAAAAACGGACGCAUUCUGACUCUGCCCCGGUCUAAUCCUUCCUAACGGCCCCUGCUCUGGGGAAUGGUUCCUGUCUUCGCUUUCCUCUGGUUUGAAGGCCUUCAGAAAACUCAGGAUUUUCACACAACUCAGCCACAGUGUCAAAUGGAGCUCAGAGAUCAUGACUAUCCAUUUCUGUUCCUCUUCUGACUUCAAACACAUUGGUUUGAUUGCCAAUUUGACUGGUCAUCUGAGAACUUAACUGUGAACCUAGAUGGGAGAGGGGUUUCCACGGCUGCUGUCCUUUUGGACCACCGAGGUUUCAAGCCCGGGUGUUACUUUUUUUUUUUUUUCCUAGCAGAUUGAAAGAAAGCACCUGUUUUUACAAAUUUUUUUUUUUUUUUUUUUGCUGGUGUCUGAGCUACGGUGUAAAACAUAAAUCUUGUUUGUGGAACAAAAGUUAGAAAGAAAGAAAAAAACAAAAAUCAAAAUCCUGUCCUAGUAGAAUUCCAAACUUUGCAGAGUGGGCUUCAGGAAAGUUUUUUUCAUCCAGAAGGUUGUUUUUUUUUCCUUCACAGAAUCAGUUCCUCAAAUUGACCAAUAGCUGCUGCUUUUGUAUUUUGGAUAUAGUGUUGCAGUCCUGGGGUGUGGCUCACGUGUGUACUCGUGCGUGUGUGUGUGUGUGUAUGUGUGUGUGUGUGUGUGCAAAUCAUGCGUGCUGAGUGGCCGCUUUGGGGAUCAGCCCAGGAGGGUUCUGCCCUUCUGGAGUGUGUGAGCCCCUGAUCUGCUCCCUCCACCUCCCUUCCUUCUAAUCUACUGGGACACUGUGCCCUCAAGAGUCUCCUUCAGUCCCGAGUCUAGCCUCAGGAGUCUUCUCUCCCUUAACUUUGGUGAAAAAUGUUUCCCGGGAGCCAUGGGAGUUGUUUGGAGUGAUAAUGGAUCUUUUCAAGACCAAACAAAGCCAGGACAUUAAAAAAAAAAAAAAAAAGAAGAAGAAGAACUGAGAUGAUGAAGAGUUUUGAGAAUAUAUUUGUAACAUAUUUAAUUUAAAAAAAAAAUCUCCAGCAUCAGCCUCAUAAGUUAUUGACCAUUUCCCGGGGGGCGGGUAGGGCAUGGGGGUUUGUCUGCCUGUGUGUGGGGAGGGGGACCCAGGCACCAAUGGCCUCUCUCCUUGGUCUUCAAGGCAUCCAUUUUUUUGGGACUAAAGCCACGUUAGCUGCUAACCCUUCUGGACGUCGUGAUCAGGCCACGCUGAGCAUGUGGGUGAUGGUGUAUGAUGGAUAGUUUGGUUUCUGGUAAGCUGAGCCCUGCCUUUGAACACACUUGUGGCCCUUGGAUCUUCUGGUUCCCUGUACGUACCUCUGGAGCUUCCUCAGCUGUGUGCGCACGUCCUACAAGGGUUGUGCAAACACAGCACAAUCACAUCCCAAAGUGGGACAGCACAGGUGGACUUUGAGAACACUAGCCAUAUGAAGACGUGCCUGUUGGUCCCCUCCGCCCUCAGGGCAUCCGUCUGUCCUCAGAGCUGACUUCCCAGAAGCUGCUUUGCGCCCAGUGACCUCAGCUGGGCCAGGUGUGGGGCCUGAGCUGAAUUCUCAGGUACUUCACGAUCUUGCAGUCCCUAAGAGAGUACAGUCCGGAGGAGAAACCGCUAAGGACCUUCACACUACCAAGAACUUGCGAAGGAGCGUGAUGCCACAGUUGCUUCCCUUUGGGGAAAGAACUACAGCUGCUCAAAUAAAGAACACGGUGAACUCAUCACUUUGGUUCAUCCAAAUCAUCACCCAUGGGUUAUCCCUUGAGUGCAUUUUCUCACAAGUUUUUGAUUGCUUCCUUCUUCUCUUCUCCUCUUAAGAGUUGUGGGCUUAAGAACAGGAUAGAGAUGCCAUGGUGACCUCCGAACCUUCUCAAUUCUUGAUGAAGAACACAGGUAGACACACAUCCUAGUUGCCUCUGGCUAUCUUAUUUAUAUGAUUUGAGAAAUGACAGCAUGUCAAAAUAUUUCUGGGGAGCCUCAGUGAUUGGGUACAAGGAGCACAGAAAUUAUUUUCGCCAAAUUUAUUUUGUACAUAAAAGAGGGUCUGUACGUAAAUUAAAAAGACAGAACACGUAGAUCUAGGUAUUUUGUUCUUUUCGUAGUAAAUUUGUAGUGGCCGUAUACUACACUAGCAGCAAUUUUCACAUUUUUCUAAUUCAGAAAGGUUUUCUUAUAUUAGGGGAAAAUUAUUUAUUUUAAUAUAUAAAAAUCACUGUAAAAAAUCACUUUCAUAAGAAAUGGAGUGCAUGUAAAUUUUUUUUUCAAAGAAAAAUAAACAGGUGAAUGUGGGGUAAUGAUUUUUUUUUUUUUCCCAGCACAAUCUACCUCAGUGUAUUGUUAGGAUGUGAUUCAAUAAUGGACAUCUUUGAGACUUCAGAAUUCUUCCUGGAUCCGAUCUGAAUCAGGGAAAAUUUGUAUCAGCUGAUUCUGAAUGCCAGGGACCAGUAAGAAUUUUGAGGGAGGGAGUUGGGCUGAAGUAUGGCUUUCAUGUGAGCAUAGAUCCUUUUUCUGGCUGAUAAUAUGCUCCUCUGAAUUUAAUCUUCCUUUUUUUUUUUUGAUCCUCCAUCCAUUGAUACCGUGGCCCUUGAAAUGAACCAAGUUUCAGGCCAUCAUGAUGUAUCUGAUGUAUGGGGGACAUCCAGUCCUGAGUUACCCUUCUUUGGUGAGGGAAGUUCCCCUGUUGGGGCAAAGACAGGCUUUGGUACAGAGCCAGCAUCCCCAUUGUCCCAUGGCAUCCCCCUGGUGUGAGCACCUAGGUGCCCUGGGCUCUCCAUGGUUUAUUUCCACUCCUUUCAGAUUGAGAUGCUUUUUUGGGGGGUUGGGGGUGGAAAAAAUCACUGUCAUGGGCACCUCACACACAAACACCCAAUGCAGAGUCUCUUUUUAUUUUCUGAGUGGGAAGGGAGCAUGUUGAGAAAUCUCAACCCCAAACCCACCAAGAUGCUGAACACAUCUUUUAGCAACAAAACCUUGGACCCCCUGUAUUUUGGUUCAGUUGACCUCAAGCUGAUACUGUUUGACCUUGGGGCACUUUGAUAACCCGUGUGUAUGUCUGGGCAGGGCCAGCAGGAGUGAUGUCAUACUCACCAAACCUCGCUGCCCUUCCCAUACCUAUAGGCACCACCCCUGCAGAGUCUCCUUUCUUCCACUUUCCCUGGAGAGGUGCUGUAGAGUGCUGGGCCCGCCCUUUGUAAACUGGAGUUCCCUAACUUCAUUUAGCUGUCUCUGCUGCUGCAGUGAAAGAGGAAGCAGGCUUGGGUCACAGCCUCCUUUUGCAUCAGAUAAUGUUGACUCUGUCACAACAGAACUUUAGUCCUAGAGAUGGAUGUCCUGGAGGAUUGUAGCGAUGGGUUACAAAAAAAGCAACAAAGCCAGCUUUGGAUGACACUUUUUGUUGUUUGUUUUGAAAGGUGUCUCAGUAUUUUAAAACCCCUUUUUAUUUAUGUGGCAAAACCCACAUAGUUAUUUCUCUCUGGACCAGUGAUGUCAAACACACGUCUGGAAAUGUUUGUAUUCUGGGAGCUGUUCUGGGUGAUUUUCUGUCCUUUUAAGCUAGUAAGAAGCAAGAAAUGCUGCUGGUUCUCUGGAUAGACGUGGAGCACAACUGAAAGAAAAUGUGGGAAUUGGUGCAAAGAUCUGCACCAACAACGCCGAGACCAUUGGAGACUGCCUGUAACUGAUGGACAGAUCUUCCACUCUCUCCAACCAGAGUGGAUGGUCUGCCAUGAAAUGUGCUUGUUGGGUUGGGAGGUGUUUAUUUGUAGCCGUCAUAACAUUGGUCAGUGGACAGGAACCCAUGCUCGCCAUCUGGGUACAUGAUGGGAUGUGCUGUAGUCCCCCAAACGACAAUCUUUUUCUACUUUGUGGUGGGUGGAAGUUUGAGGUUCGGAUGCCACUUGGCAUCGUAGGCGAUUCAGAAAUGAUGGUUUUGUUGGGAGUGGGGAACAUGGACAUGCUGAUUGUAUAUAAAUGAUACCUGUAGAAUGGUGUCCCUUCAGAAAAUCUUCUGGAAUGUUCUUCAGAAUAUUGAUUUAUACCAGAGUUGAGGUUGGAGAGAAAGAACAGACGGGCAUUUGUUCUUUCAAAGACAUGAGAGAAUGCAAUGGACAUUCAGAGGCUGCGCCUGGAAGUGAAUGUUUCCUUAGGGGUCUCCCAGAAACAGAGGGAAACAAUGACUUUUUGAGCUCACUGUCAACUUCUCAUACCAGUCAAGGUCCAGAACCAGCCUCCAGCCACGUUUUAAUCUGGAUGUGGGCCCUAAAAAUCCUUGUUCAAACUCAGACCAGGGAUCUGGGGCUCUUGGUCCCAUUUGAGAAAAAAGGAACUGUCUCCCCCAACCCAAAGCGUGUGUGUCCACACACACAUUCAGGAAUGGCUUAUUUACUCUCUACCUUGUGGGCCUGGGGGUCCCGGGCCCUGCGUGUGAGCGGCAGACACCUCCCAUCCAACGUCAGCCACGCAGGAUCAAAUGUGCCUCGGCAUAUGCAGAAACCAACUCGGAGACGCAAAACCCACCAAGAGAUCAAUUCUUAUUUUUUCAAUGUUUUCCUACAAGAGCCAAGUGGCACCAUGUACAGAAUUUGCCUUUUUUUUUGUUUUGUUUCUUGGAAUAUCAAAAUUGCUCUGCAUGUAAACUAUGGGAUAAUUACCUGUUUAUAUGAAAAUUCAGAAUAAAUUAUCUGAGAAUA